GUUUUAAUGCAUAGAAACAUUUGGCAUUUCAUUUCAAAGCCGAAUAUACUUACUAAUAUAAUUUGUUAGUUUUCCACAGACAUAAAAUUCUUACAAGCAUAACAGCAAACGGGGUAUCAUCCGUCGGUUAAGUGAAACAUGUUGAAUGCACGUAACAUCUUGUCUGUAGGAACCAAUGCCGGCCCCAUUGCUCUGCGGACACUUUCAACAACUGCCACCUGUAAGGAUUCAGAAUCAUGGUUUUCCAAGCUGAUGGUGCGAAAAAUUGAGGCAACCAAGGAAUCGCACAGUCGCAUGUUGAGCGAUAAGGAAAUUAUAUACGCACUACACACGCAUAAUGUGCGACCCGAUUCAAUGGGUAAUUACUUAGAUAAUUAUAAAAACACCGUGGCAUUAAUCAAUGAGAAGAAGACAAGCUUGUCCUGUAAUUUAGUUGCAUCCUGGACUGUGCAGGUUGGCGAUAUGGAUCAGUGUUUGCAUUUAUGGAAAUAUACAGGAGGUUUUGAAAAAAUUGAUCAAGCCAAAGAGGAUUUGUGGCAUGACCCCGAAUACUUGAAGCUCAUGAAUGAGCGUUCGAAGUUUUUAAGAUCUAGACAUUUGCAAUAUCUAUUGGCAUUUAGCUAUUGGCCACAAAUUGAAAGCCGCAGUGGCAAGAAUAUAUACGAAAUGCGAUCAUAUCGCCUGACACCUGGCACCAUGAUUGAAUGGGGAAACAACUGGGCGCGCGCCAUAAACUUCCGUAAGCAUAACAAUGAAGCCUUUGCUGGUUUCUUCUCACAGAUCGGACGACUCUACAAUGUGCAUCAUAUAUGGUGUUAUAAGUCACUGCAAGACCGCAAGGAGACCAGAGAGGCAGCUUGGCGUUCCCCUGGCUGGGAUGAGUGUGUUGCUUAUACAGUGCCAUUGAUAAGGGAAAUGCAUUGCCGUGUGCUGGCACCCACUGAGUUCUCGCCCUCACAAUAGAGCACAAUGGUCAAACUGUUAAAUCUGUCUUAAGCUUGGUUAUGAAGCCAACAAAUUAAAUUUUUUUUAUAUUACUGCUGUGAAUUAUUGAGAGCCCUAAAUUGUUGUAAAUCUGUAUUGUUGAUUUUUUGAAUUUCUUACACUUUACGCUAGGAUAAACGUGCAUUUUGUUUUCGAAAAAGAAAAACAGUUUACUAAGUAGAUAGAUAUACAUAUAUAUGUA